CCAGAAAAGAAAAGCGCGCCGGGGGUGGAGGCUGAUCCACGCUGCUGCUCCUCCCUCCCGCCUCCUGGCUCCGGCGGGCCGGCUCCUUUGUACGCCCGGCAGAGGCGGAGGGGCGCGCAGGGCAGCUCCAUCCUGGCUCCGACCGCGACGCGACCAUGAAACUUCAGGCGGCGGCGCCCGCGCCUUUUCUCCCGCUCCGGCCGCUGCUGCUGCUACUGCUGCUCCUGCAGGCUGCGGCAGGACGAAGCUCCCCUUACGGCAACCGCUACGCCGGGGAUAAAGUGCUACGGGUUGUUCCUGAGAAUGAGAAAGCAGCAAAGACACUGAAGAUCCUUUCUCAACAACUUGAGGUAGACCUGUGGCAGCCUGGCAGCAUCUCCUACAUCUCAAAGGGUGCAGUUACAGAUAUACGUGUAUCAAGGAACAAUUCGCAAAUUCUUCUGCCUUACCUACAACAAGCAAACAUCCAAUAUACCAUCCUCAUAUCUGAUCUGCAAAAAGCAGUAGAAAAGCAAAGUGGUUUGGGGUCAUCCAGGAAUCGUAGAUCAUUACCAGGAUACAGCUAUGAAAUAUAUCAUUCACUGGAGGAAAUUCAGAAUUGGAUGUAUCAUCUGAACAAAACUCAUUCAGAUCUUGUCCACAUGUUCUGUGUUGGCAAGUCAUAUGAAGGAAGACCACUUUUUGUGCUAAAGCUAGGCAAAAGAUCACGCCUUUACAAGAAAGCUGUCUGGAUAGACUGUGGAAUCCAUGCAAGAGAAUGGAUUGGACCAGCAUUUUGCCAGUGGUUUGUGAAAGAAGCUCUCCAGACCUAUCAAAGUGACCCAGCCAUGAGAAGAAUGUUAAAUCAACUGUAUUUCUACAUCAUGCCUAUUUUUAAUGUGGAUGGAUACCAUUUUAGCUGGACCCAGGAUCGAUUUUGGAGAAAAACAAGAUCAAAGAAUUCAAGAUUCCGUUGCCAUGGCGUAGAUGCCAAUCGUAACUGGAAGGUGAAAUGGUGUGAUGAAGGGGCUUCCACCCACCCCUGCGACGACACAUACUGUGGUCCUUUCCCUGAAUCUGAGCCAGAAGUGAAGGCUGUAGCUCACUUUCUUCGCAAACACCGGAAGCAAAUAAAAGCUUACCUGUCCUUUCAUGCGUAUGCCCAGAUGCUGUUGUAUCCCUACUCUUACAAGUAUGCGACUAUUCCAAAUUUCAGCUGUGUGGAAUCUGCUGCUUUUAACGCUGUAAAUGCCUUGCAGUCAGUUUAUGGGAUAAGAUACCGAUAUGGCCCUGCCUCCAGCACUUUGUAUGUGAGUUCUGGCAGUUCUAUGGAUUGGGCAUACAAAAAUGGCAUCCCAUAUGCGUUUGCAUUUGAGCUGCGUGAUACAGGUCAUUUUGGAUUUCUACUGCCAGAGACCCUAAUUAAACCAACGUGCACAGAGACCAUGCUGGCUGUUAAAAAUAUAACCAUGCAUCUGCUGAAAAAAUGUCACUAGGGUUUGCAUCAAAGGGCCAAAACUGUAUUUCUUUUUAACUGUUAUUGAAAAUGUUUAUUACUUAGACAAUGUCAAGU